AUGAGUUUUGGAGCGCCCACUUUGUUUCAAGGGAAGUCACUGCAGAAGCGAAAUCUUAAACAGUUGAGUAUACCAGUUGUUCCAGAAGGCAAUAAGAGCAGUGAAAGUGUAAACUCAGUGUCUGGUCUGAGUCCAACCGUGGCUUCUAUGAAGUUGAGUCUACCGAAGGCUGACGCCGGAAACCUUCAUCUCCGAAGAGGCUUCAAGAAAGGCUUAAACUUGGAUGGACAGUCCAUACCGGAGCCUGUGUUCCCCGUGAAGAAUCAUCCUAGUAAUGAGAACCUCGCUACAGCUCCGCAGUCGUUUGUGGUUAGCAGCCCAACAAACUCAUCUCCUUCAACCUCAACCAGCUUGACCCAAGUGUUUACUCCUUUGGAAGACGACGAUUGCGUGAAGCCACUUGGAGAGAAUGAUCCACCUCAGGGCUCCUUUAUAAGGAGUAAUGACCAAAUGUCCAUCAACAGUACUAUUCAGCUGCAAGAUCUGGUCCAGCUGGGCAAGAUAGGUUCUGGAAAUUCGGGUACGGUUGUCAAAGCACUUCAUGUUCCAGAUUCCAAGAUCGUCGCUAAAAAAGUUAUCGCUGUGGAGAAUAACAAUCAACUGGUGGUGAACCAGCUUAUCAGGGAGCUGACCAUUAUGAAAAGCGUUCAUCCACAUGAAAAUAUUGUUUCGUUUUACGGGGCAACUUAUACACAUUCAGGCAAUAACGAGAUUGUCAUUUUGAUGGAAUACAUGAAUUGUGGAUCUUUAGACAAGAUCCUUUCGGUAUACAAGCGAUUCUGUGGUAGAAACGCAACUGCUAGAGGAGAGCGAUGGUUCAACGAAUUGGUCGUGUCCAAGAUUUCGUAUGCAGUACUGAACGGCCUAUCGUACUUGUACGAGAAGUACAAGAUCAUCCAUCGUGACAUCAAGCCGUCGAAUGUCUUGAUCAAUAGCAAGGGUCAAGUUAAAAUAUGCGAUUUUGGUGUGUCCAAGAAACUGAUCAACUCUAUUGCCGAUACAUUUGUGGGAACAUCCACGUAUAUGUCACCGGAGCGAAUACAGGGAAAUGUCUACUCAACCAAGGGGGAUGUCUGGUCGCUUGGACUCAUGAUCAUCGAGUUGGUUACAGGCGAAUUUCCGUUAGGUGGACAUAAUGAUACGCCCAACGGAAUACUGGACCUGCUGCAGAGGAUUGUCAAUGAACCUUCUCCGAGGUUGUCAUCAGAUCACUUCUCAAGGGAAAUGGUAAAUUUCGUCAAUACCUGUUGCAUCAAAGACGAGUCCCAGAGAUCAUCCAUUAGCGAGUUGCUAUGCCACAAUUUCAUCACUAUUUAUAAGCCAAAGGAGAAGGAAUUCAGGCAUUGGUGUAAGAAGGUCAAAUUUUAUCUAAAAGAAGAUAAACAGAUUAGACGUGAAGAUAAUGAAAGGGCCAAACUGGAGAAAAAGCAAUUGGAGAGAGCAGCUGAAGCUGCCGCCACUGCAAGAAGAUGA